AUGGGCUCGACGAAUGGAAACGAGGCAAUCAAGCCUCUUAUGCUAAUUGAUGGCCAAUUGAUCGGCGCCUCUGAUGGCAACACUUUUCCCCUCUUCAACCCAGCGACGGGCGAUAAAGUCGCAGAUGUCCCCGAAGCCACAAAAGACGAUGUCAACAACGCCGUCGCAGCUGCACAGCGCGCCUUUCCUGCAUGGUCUGCAUUAGAUCCCGCCAAACGUGGCGGCUACAUGAAGAAACUCGCGGGUCUGAUCCGACAACAUAACGGCGAACUGGCUUUACUCGAGGCAAAGUCAAUGGGUCGUCCGCUACCCGAGUUCUUUGAGGGAUAUGCCGCUGCUGCGAGUUAUGAGUACUACGCUGAGGCUUGGCCUCAUAUCCAAGGCCAGGCGAGUCUCAACACGCCAGGCUAUGUCACCAUGACCCUACGUCAACCAUUUGGCGUUGUUGGUGCUAUUAUUCCCUGGAACGCUGCUCUCCUCUUCUUCGCGGGGAAGACGGCACCUGCGCUCAUCACUGGAAAUACAGUCGUGCUCAAGUCGAGCGAGAAAGCACCGCUCGGUGCAGCCAAAUUCGCCGAGCUAAUCCACAAGGCGGGCUUUCCACCUGGUGUCUUCAACGUCAUUUCCGGCCACGGUAACCCCUCAGGAGCAGCCCUCUCAUCACACAUGGAUCUACGCGCAAUCUCAUUCACUGGCUCGGGACGAACAGGACGGGCUAUUCAGGAAGCAGCUGCCAAGUCCAACCUGAAGAAAUGGAACAGUGGACAGGUCUGCAUGGCGAAUUCUCGCGUUUACGUGCAGGACACCAUUGCCGAGGCCUUCAUUGAAGCUAGUAAGAAGGCACUUGCAGCUGCGAAGCCAGGUGAUCCAACGCAAAAGGGCGUUGAUCACGGCCCGCAAGCGGACAAGACCCAGUACGAGACUGUUUUGUCUUAUAUAGAUGAGGGUCAAAAGUCAGGAAAGCUAGUUCAAGGUGGAAAGGGAAGUUAUGACAAGACGGGAGGCUUCUUCAUUGAACCGACGAUCUUUUUGGACACGGCUGAAAAUGCCAAGAUCAUGAAGGAAGAGAUCUUCGGGCCUGUCGUGAACAUCAACAUCAUCAAAACAGAGGAAGAGGCUGUUCAGAAAGCGAAUGACACAGAGUAUGGUUUGUACGCUGCAGUUUACACCAAGAAUAUUGAUCGGGCUAUGAGGGUCACACAGCAGCUCAACUCGGGCUAUGUCGGCAUCAACUGCACUAGUCCCACGACAGCUCGAGAUCUUCCUUUUGGGGGAUACAAGUCUUCGGGGCAGGGUAGAGAGGGUUGGCUUUAUAGUAUGGAUAACUUCUUGGAGGUCAAGAGUGUGAUGAUGAAGGUGGACACGGGGGGUUCCAAAUUGUAA